CGCUCGCUCGGUCACGCGGCGGGAAAGCCGGCGAGACGUUAACGGGAUGGAGGAAAAGGAACCACGGGGGAAAAGGAAUAUGGAACUUUUUUUUCUGCUGUCGUUCGCGGGUGUUGAUAAGAGCAAAGACAACAUGCAGUAGAUGGAGUGCAUACUGUAGAUGAACGUGGGCGUGGCUCACAGUGAAGUGAACCCCAACACGCAGGUGAUGAACAGCCGCGGCAUCUGGCUGGCUUACCUGCUGUUGACGGUGGCGCUGCACGUGGUUCUGCUCAGCAUUCCGUUCUUCACCGUGCCGAUCGUCUGGACGCUGACCAAUGUCAUACACAACCUGGUGAUGUAUCUGUUCCUGCACACGGUGAAGGGCACUCCCUUUGAGACCCCUGACCAAGGCAAAGCCCGCCUUCUCACACACUGGGAGCAGAUGGACUACGGCAUCCAGUUCACGGCGUCGCGCAAAUUCCUUACCAUCUCACCAAUCGUUCUGUACAUCCUGGCAAGCUUCUACACCAAGUACGACGCAACGCAUUUCCUGAUCAACACUUGCUCCCUCCUGAGUGUCCUCUUGCCAAAGUUGCCUCUUUUCCACGGAGUGAGAAUAUUGGGAAUCAACAAAUACUGAUGCCGCAGGCACAGGGAACCUCCAAACAAGACUUUUGUCAUUUUUUGGGGCGAAUGAUUGCUGCCGGACCCUCCCAGUCGAAACUAACUGGACGAUGACUGUUACUGUGAAUUUUUUUGUGUCGUUUCGGUCCGCCAUUUUGUGUUUUUCCAACUGCUGAUCAGUGAACUAUUUUUUUGCAUUUUACACAAUCUUUGAUAAAAUGUUCUCUGGAUUAUACUGUACCAAAAAUGAAUCAUGAGUGAUGGAAAUUAUUUCAGGUGGAGACUAGAUAGUUCAGCUGGAGUAGUAAGGUCAAACUAAGAAAAAAAAAUAUUACUAGCAUACAAUAGCCACGUCAGAUUAUCAGAUAAAUCAACGUUUUACGAGAAAAAUGGUAAUGUUUCGAGGAAGAAUGCUUAAAUCAUUGUUUUACGUCCAUAUCUAUAAAGAAUUCAGUCUUGAAUCUUGGUUAAAAGCAAAAUGAAACCAUGCAGGUAGCAUUUAUUUUGCGUAAACAUUGCUAACAAUAAGGCUAGUCAGGUAUGAAAAUUAGCCACCUUAAUGUGUAAACAAAGUUCUUGUGAAUAAAUGCUUAAACCACUGAAUGAAUUCUUUAUAGAUAUGGAUGUAAAAUGGUCACAAAUCUUUGUUAAAAGCAAAAAAAAAAAAAAAAAAAAGCAUUUAUUUUGUGUAAAUAUUGCGAACAAUGAGGCUAGCCGGUUCGUAAAAUUAGCCCACGCCAUGUGUACACAAAGAGCUUUUUCCGUCAAAGAUUCUUGUGAAUAAAUGCUUAAAAAACUGAAUUCUUGAAACACAUGGACGUAAAACAGUCUCGAAUCUUGGUUAAAAACAAAACGUGCAGGGAGCAUUUAUUUUGCAUAAAUAUCGCAAACAAUAAGGCUAGUCAGUUACAAAAAUUAUUAGCCACCUUCAUGUGUAAAGAAGACAAUUCUUGUGAAUAAAUGCUUAAAUCACUGAAUUCUUUUUAGAUAUGUACGUAAAAUAGUCUCGAAUCUUGGUUAAAAGCAAAGAAAACGUGCAGGUAGCAUUUGUUUUACGUAAAUAUUGUGAAAAAUGAGGCAAACCAGUUCAUAAAAUUAGCCCACGCUAUGUGUACACGAAAAGCUUUUUCCGUCAAACAUUUUGUGAAUAAAUGCUUAAAUUCCUGAAUUCUUUAUAGAUAUGGGUGAAAACCAGUCUCGAUUCUUGUUUAAAAGCAAAACAAAAACGGGCAGUUAGCAUUUAUUUUACGUAAAUAUGUCGAAUGUGAUGCUAGUCUUUUAACCAAUGUGGUGACCUCCUUAGUACAACUGUAAAUGCAGCUAAUCUGCCUUCCAAUGUAUUAUAAUAUGAAUGUUUAAAAGUUCAAAAGUUUGUGUCAAAUUUUAAUUAUUUAUAUGUAUGUCUGCUUGUUCAUUCUACAGCAGAGAUGUCCAAAGUCCGGCCCGGGGGCCAAAUGCGGCCCGUGGUCAAAUUUCAUCCAGCCUCUGUCAUAAAAUCAAUAACAUCUGGCCCGCACACAGACUUAAUUGAUCAGCAGUACUGCCACCAGCAUAAGAAGUAGCUUACACACUAAAUGCUGCUCCUCAUUUACCCGCUAAAAGGCAGCAGCACUCGAAGCAACAUUACCCCGUGUGACCCUUUACUCCCAAUUUUCUAAAAUGGCGACAGUCAACAAAAAAAGUUGACUGCGACGGCCGACGCUUCAAGGAUAGGUGGAAAUUAGACCAUUUCUUCACUAAAAUACACAACAUCUGUGUCCGUCUCAUUUGCAAAGAGAGUCGCUGUUUUUAAAGAGCUCAAUGUGAGACGAUAUUACCAAACAAGACACGCUGACAUGUACGACAAGAUUACAGGGAAGAUACGCAGCAAGAAAUUGAAGCAACUUGAAGCUAGUUUAAUUUUACAGCAGCAGUAUUUCCCAAGAGCCCGAGAGUCGAAAGAGAACGCCACAAGGCUAGUUGUGAGAUUGUUGAAAUUAUUACCGUAUUGGCCCGGAAUAUAAGACUGUGUUUUUUGCAUUGAAAUAAGACUGAAAAAGAGGGUGUCGUCUUAUAUUCGCGGUCAAGACAUUAUAGACCCUACCCACGUGACGUCACGACUCCUUCCUCCUGACUGGUGCCCGCCCAAUUGUCCGUCAACACAUCAUGUUUACCUGUUACGGCUACGUACAUUCCUCCUAUUUACGACGUGUUUUUCUGCUCGUUAACAUUAAUAAUCAAAAUGGUGAAGGCAUGUGUGGCGGUCGGUUGCAAUAACAGAGAAGAUAGACGGAGAAGACUGAGAGACUUGAAGUUCUACCGGAUUCCGAGAGACCCGGAGAGAAGAGAGCGAGAUGGGCUGCUGCAAUUCGACGAGAAAACUGGGCUCCAAACGAUUACCACAGAUUAUGUAGUAGUCAUUUUAUAUCUGGUAAGAUGCAUUUAAUAUAUAUUUAGAGGGUUUUGGGCUGACAACCACAAUUAAGAUCGUUGCUAGGCUAAUCGCCGACAACAUACACGUAUGUAUGUAGUGAGAGUGCUAUCGCUAAACCAUAUAAACAUUAAAAGCCCCAACUCAUUGACAAACGACAUGAAAUACAUUAGACUUGACAGUGGAUGUUAGCAAUAACAAAAGAUUUUGAAUUGAACAUUUCGUAACUCACCUUUCCAAGCACAAGAUAGAUUCCUGCCGAAUUUUCGUGGACGAGGACCUGUUUCACCCAACCAGCAACGAAGUAUUCAUAAGCCUCCAAGCUCUUAAAGUUUUUCAAACUUUCGUGAGAAUAGGCUGAUUUUGUGUGGACAAGAUAGUUGUACAUAUCAGGGUAGCUAGCAGAUGUCAGGCAAAUACGGCGGAGACAGCGGGUCGAAAAACAUCGAUUUAGGCAUCAAAUAUGGAUCUGGCGAUUGGAUAAACUGAAGCUUUUCCACAUAACGCCUUUUAUGCAACGCAUCAAGUGAGUUUACGGCAUCCGAAAGCACCGGGUCUUCCAUGAAAUGCAUUAUAAAUUGCUCGAUCAAUUAAGACCAUUGAUAAUACAGACACAAAAUGACGGACAAGGGGGCGGAACCAUACAGCGAUCACGUGAUUUUGUGACGUCAGUGGGUAGGGUCUAUACCCAUUCACGACGCUAGAUGGCGCCAGAUAUCAUUGAAGUGAUGUUCUGUCAUGACCAGUGUUGGGAGUAACGGCUUUAUUUUUUCAGUAACAGGGUAAUCUAACUAAUUACUUUUUCCGCCGUUACAACGCCGUUACCGUUACUGACGGUCAAAAGCGGUGCGUUACUUACUCCGAAUAAAUUGAAGAAACUACCAGCCGUGUCGAGUCGACUCUCUGCUCUGUUGAUUUGUCAUCCAAGACUUUGGGUGCGUUCAGGUUCGAGAAUAGCGCACGUACUUCUGACUCCAAGCUGUUUGAACCUGCUCAUUCAAUUAGACAAUGCUUUCCAAAGUUUGGUAACGUUUCUGUGUUUGCUACACCUGAUGCUAGCCUCAUUCCCAUCUCCCACUGUCAGCCAGCAAUAAUUCUGCUUCCAUCUUGAGGACGGCAGACGCUUUGAAGGUGACGUGAAUUGUCGGGAAACUAGCCUACCUGAAUGCAGCCCCUCGAGAGAUGCGAUGGAAGUGAUUGUGAUUGGCUGAGGGUUAGAGUCAUGUGUCGCGGCAAGCCAAUCAGAGCCGGUGAUUUCACAAGCAAACCAGAACAGCACGUGCGGCAAACACACACGCAAAACAGAUGCACAGGGUCGGGAUGGCAGAGCAGUCAGAAGAAAAAUUGUCCUUUAAGAUGUGGAGAUAUAGACACUAUUUCAAGUUUGUCGAUAUUAAAGGAAAGAACCUGCAUGUAAUGUGUAAUUUAUGUCCCGGGGCAAAGCUUUUGUCGACAUCUGUGGUAAGCAAUUCAAAUCUGCUGAAGCACCUAACAAGUUAACUACCUGUCUGUUCUUCUCUAUUCCACUGACUCGAAUACUCCUCAGAAAAUUUCAAAUUCUUUGACAUACAACA